AUGCCGGCGCCUGGCCAGGGCCCCCGCAGGCCGCCGCUGACCAUGCCCGGGCUCCGGGGGGCGCUGCGCGAGCCGACGGGCUGCGGCUCCUGCCUCGGGGCGGCGCUGGCCCUGCUGCUGCUGCUGCUGCCCGCCGGCUGCCCGGUGCGGGCGCAGAACGACACGGAGCCCAUCGUGCUGGAGGGCAAGUGCCUGGUGGUGUGCGACUCCAGCCCAUCGGCGGACGGUGCUGUCACCUCCUCCCUUGGCAUCUCCGUGCGCUCUGGCAGCGCCAAAGUGGCCUUCUCCGCCACUCGGAGCACCAACCACGAGCCGUCGGAGAUGAGCAACCGCACCAUGACCAUCUACUUCGACCAGGUGUUAGUAAAUAUUGGCAACCAUUUCGAUCUUGCCUCCAGUAUAUUUGUAGCUCCAAGAAAAGGGAUUUAUAGCUUCAGCUUCCACGUGGUCAAAGUGUACAACAGACAGACCAUCCAGGUCAGUUUAAUGCAGAACGGCUAUCCAGUGAUCUCAGCAUUUGCAGGAGACCAGGACGUGACCAGAGAAGCAGCCAGCAAUGGGGUCCUGCUGCUGAUGGAGCGGGAGGACAAGGUGCACCUCAAACUUGAGCGGGGCAACCUCAUGGGAGGCUGGAAGUACUCCACCUUCUCCGGCUUCUUGGUGUUUCCCCUAUAAACGCCGAGCCUGGGGUGGCGGGGAAGUUGUAAUCUGGACCCAGGAAUCCACCCUCCCUAACCCCCUGAACUUGGCAGAACAGGACAACUUGUUUCCAAGCUCCGUCUGACUGUCGCGGUAGAAGAAUGAUUUCCUUCCAAAUCUCCAGUGUUUUCUUUGACUAUUGACCAUUCCUCGGGAACCUGGCCUCUAAUUAGUUUUAGACGAUAAGGUCUUCAGGAGAAAUGACACUAUGGACCUGAGCAAUUUGUACCUGUGAUUGUAACGUCGAUCUGGGAUUUUACUGUUGGGACCUCUGCGAUUUCUUCUUUUGUAUGGACGCUGUAUUGUUGUCCGGAGUGAGGAGUGCCCAGACCUCAGGAUGGAUGGCAGGGGGCUGGCUGCACUCAAAGCAAGAGCCCUGCAGGUCACCGCCCACUGGCCAGUCCGUGAAAUGUGUUCUCUGUGUGUCUGUUCAGCCUUAAGAAAAAGGAUGGCUUGGCUUUCAUUCUGUGUGUUUCGCUGGGAGAAUGGGAGGACUGGGGAGGGGAAGGGGCAUUGUGAUCCUGUCGGAAGUGCUUUAUCUGGAGAUGCGAGUUUUGCACGAUCGGACUGGACUUUUGUUCUGUACUGUGUGUGUGUGUGUGUGUGUGUGUGUGUGUGUGUGUGUGUCCUCGAAGAGCUUUACGUUGCUUUCUACGCUCGGCUCUCCCUCCUCACCCCUGCUUUUCUUCUUCAUGCUGGGCUGACAGAGAGAAAUGUAUGUUGAAUUCCUGGAUGAGACCCAACCAAACAAAAGGUACCUGUAUAUCAAAGUGAAAAUGACAAAUGGACAAUUCCUUGGAUUCUUUUAAAGAGAUUCUCUCAGAUGCACCAUGAGAAUGAACAAUCAGGAUAUUUUUUUAACGCUUCAGAGUACUUUAAGAACCUGGCGUUCCUGGGUGGCCUGGAUCAUGUAAGAUGAGAGCAGGUGCUGUGUGACCGAGUCUCCCGAGUAUAUGGCUUCUCUGUGGAGUGACCUGGGUCUUUGCAGCAGCAUGUUUCACUUACUGGGAUUCACUCUGCGUGAGCACACCUGGGACCAGGUGCUUCAAAGGCAGCAGGACCAGCCACUCUCCAGGGAUCCCCUUCUGAUCUGCCCAGGAAAGAGGGGUGUGGACACUCCCCUGCCCCCUGCGUGCACUGGCAGGAAGCCAGGCUGGAGUCCCAGUGGUUAAAGCUAUUGGCAGAGGCACCCUAGGAGCGGUUUCUCAAAUCCUUCCUGUUUUGGCACCUUGUAUAACAAUAUUAUUAAAAUCCAGCUGAGCGUUGAUGAGUACAGAAUUCCUAUGCCAAGGAGAUGUCACUAAUCCCAAAGCAGUCAAAGAAGAGACCUCAAACCGGAUGUUAAUUUGUCCUUUGUGUAACAAUGUAACCAAAAUAUUGAUGAUAAAGAAGUCACAAUUUAAGAUUCAGAAUAAAUGGGUUUGAUGUCUGG